GUGAAACCUCAGUGAGCUACGUAUUGACUUUUGCUAUUGCCCGAGUCUGCAUCUACCCUUUUUUAACAAAUUUCUUUUACUUGGAUUCCUGGACAGUCCGGUCAUCGGAUUAACCAAAAUGUCUGACGAUCUACCUAGCACCUACGAUGUUAUUAUAUUGGGUACGGGGAUGGUGGAAUCCAUCGUAGCAGCUGCGGUCGCUAGAACAGGUAAAAAAGUUUUGCAUCUUGAUCCCAAUACCUAUUACGGCCAACUGUGGGCAACAUUAAGUCUGGAUAGUUUCGAAUUGUGGGCAAAAACAGGAACUUCGAACACUAAAACACUUAAAGGAGAAGAUUCAUUCAAAAGCCUAUCGGACAAAGCCCUCAAGUAUUACGAAACACAAGAUGAGAGGGAUUGUAUUUCGGACCUUACCUUUAAUUGGAAUAUAGUAGAAGAUAUACCUGAAAGUGAGGAGGAACCUAAGGAAGAGAACGCUAGUGGAAACGAAUAUAGUAUCAAGAAAAUUAGAGAUGUCUCAAGAAAAUUCAACAUUGAUCUGGCCCCAAAACUGCUAUUUGCUAAAGGCCCAAUGGUUGAAAUAUUGAUUAAAUCACAAGUUUCCAAGUAUGUUGAAUUUCUUAAUGUUAAUAAUAUUUUAAUUUACAUUGAUGAUGCAAUUGAGAGAGUUCCUUGUUCCAAGUCUGAUGUAUUUUCUUCCAAAAGUGUUAAUGUUGUCGACAAGAGGCUAUUAAUGAAAGUUUUGACUUCUAUUCAAAGCUAUACUGAGGAAUCUCCUUUCUUUCAAGAAUAUGAAAAUAAAACAUUCCUCGAUUAUUUGAAAGCUAAUCUUCCCGAAAAAUUUGCUAAUUUCAUUCUUUACUCCAUUGCAGCCGGUGAUCAGAACACACCUUGCUUAGAAGGUGUUCAAAAAGCGAAAAAAUUUCUUAGCUGCUUAGGCUACUAUGGUAAUUCCCCAUUCUUAUGGCCUUUAUAUGGCAGUUCAGAAUUAUUGCAGGGUUUCUGUCGACAGUGUGCAGUAUUCAGUGGUAUUUAUUGUCUGAAUAGAGAAGUCGAAGCUAUAGCUGUUGAAGGUGACAAAUAUUACGGAUGUGCUUCCAAUGGAAUCCUUCUGCAGUCAGAGCAUCUUGUGGUUUCCAACUCCCUCUUACCCCAACAAUUCCGAGGAACAGGCCCUUCUGUCAAACGUGCUGUUCUUAUCACUGACAAAAGUAUUUUCCCCGAAGGCAAAGAAGGUGUUUCUCUUCUCCAGUACCCCACAGAUGAUUCUGCUGCUACCAUUCUGGAACUCAGUGGUAAUACCUGCUCUGUACCUAAAGGACUCUUUAUUGUACAGAUAGUGGGCAACUGUUUGGAGGAAGCAAUUAAGAAUCUGUUUUCCGAAGGAGGAGAUGAUUCCAAACCAAAGAUCUUAUACAGUCUUCGUUUUACCCUUCACCAGAUGGAAUGCACAGGCAAACUUCCCGAAAAUAUUCAUGCCUGUCCCGGACCAGAUUUUGCUACUGAUUUUGACGCAGAAAUCAGGAAAGCAGAAGAAAUUUUCAAGAAGAUUUGCCCCGAAGAAGAAUUCUUCGCACCCCUUCCUCCAGAACCCGAACCACCAUCAGAUGAACCUGAUUCACCAGAAGAGGCAACAAAUGAUGCUUAAUUUUUUUAAUUUUAUUUUUUAAUUACAUUUUGUUUUUGCUAAGCACGCUUGUACAUAAUUGUUAUCUAUCUUAUUUAUUCUAUCCCCCUUGCGCAUUCCUUUUAAUUAUAUUUUCUUGUUUUACUGUAUUUUUUCUAUUUAAUAAUUAAAGUAAAACGACAUUAGUUAUAAGUAAUUCUUAAAUCUUUUUCAUAUGAUUGAAAAUCAUUUACUUGUUAUUAAGUCAAUAUUUCGUAUUUAUUAUUAUUUUUUUUUAUCGGAAGUAUUAAUGUUUGUUAAAACAUGCACAGAGUUUAUAUUUUUGCAUGUAUUUCAUUUUUAUUUAUUUGUAUUGUCAUUCCUAAAUGCAUGCCAUAUUAUAUGUGCUUAAAGUUCCUUUUUAUAUUGUUUGUAUUAUAUUAAGCUUUUAAUAUAUUUUUUGUUUUCUUUUCAAACAAACUGAAAAGGGUGUGUGGUGUGCCUAGGGAUGGAGAAAUAUUGAUUUAUUCUUAUUUCCUAAGUAUCAUGGCUUUAUUAUUUGAUUUAAGGUAAAAGUUUAUUAGUAAGUGAUUUGCUUUGGGGUGUUUGAUGAGCCACUCAAAAGCUAACCUAACUGAUACUCUUUCCGCUGUUAUGUUAAUCAGUAAGACUUGUGAUCCUUACUGUAGUUAUUUUAUUUUAUUUUUAGCUGAGUAUUGCUUGACAAAUUUGUAAAAAAAAUAAAUAAAUAAUAUGAUAAUGCUCAGAAUAACAGUUUUUACAUAAAUUCACUUUGAACAGAAUAGAUUAGUCAGACACACUUAUGAAUGGCUCAUAUUAUUAUGAAAUGAUUUAUGACUUAUUAUGCUAUUCAUAUAGUUAAUAAUAAAAGACAAGAUGUUUUAUAAUAAAUAAUAAUGUUAUUUAAAAUAGUUAUAACAUUUAUAUUAUAUUUGAUUUUUGUCCUUUUUUUGACUAUCCCACAUAUAUCCAAAAUAGAACUAUUUGUUAUGAUACAUGCUAGAAAUGUAACUUCAUAUUAUGUGUAAUUAUUUUUCAACAAAUAAACACCAACAGUGAUAUGUUUUGAAAUUA